UACGGCGGAAAGACCUUUACCUUCAGGAAUGAAAUGAGGAGAAGGGUGAAGACUUGAGCCUUUUCACCAUGCCUGAAUAACUCUACCAAAACAUAAGAUUUUUUCCAUGCAAAGACCCGCGUCGACUUGUUCGUACGCGGACUAACAAACCAUUAAUAUGAAAUUGGACGACAAGACUGGACUAGACCAGAUGGCAGAUCGCACUGAAAAUUUUGCUGCCUUCAAUCACAAAAGGGGGGAAGAGGAAACUGGCCUGCCUGUUUGCUAAAUCUUUCUCUCUGUCUCUAAAGAUGCAACGGAAGUUACGUUUCUUCCGAUACACAGUCCUGCUGAUAUAUUCUUUUGGUGUUCUUCAUCCGGUAGAUUGCUCUGUCUGGACAGUCCCCGACGGUCGUUAUAUUGAGUGUCCAAACUCUGCAACUUUCACAGCAAAGAGCACCUACCAACAGAACCUAAACGAGCUGCUUCUCCAUCUUACCGAGUAUGGACCUAUGGCCGGUUUCAGCAUGGCCACCAAAGGCACGGACCCUGAUCAAGUGUAUGGCCUUGUCCUGUGCCGCGGCGAUAUCUCGAGCGCCGACUGCAAGAACUGCCUCGGCUUCGCAGCUACGGCGAGCACCAGCAGCUGCCGCUUAGGCAAAAGUGCCGUCGUCUACAUGGAGAAGUGUUUCUUGAGGUAUGACAAUACCAAUUUCUUUGGGCGUGUUUCAAUCACCUUCUACAGCAGCUGUGCCGUUGAGACCGUCGCAGAUCCUAAUCUCUUCUACAAGCAAUUGGGCGCCCUGAUGCAAAACCUCUCUGCCGUCGCCGUUGCCGAUCCGUCCCGCAUGUUCGCGGUCGGAGAGAUCGGAUACAACACCUCCCAGGCGAUAUAUGGCUUGGUGCAGUGCAAGAGGGACUUGAGCAGCAUUGAUUGCGGGUCAUGCUUGGGAUCGACGGUGGCGAGCAUCCAAAAUAACUGCGCCGGCAAACAAGCUGGGAGAUUUUUUGGUUAUAGUUGCGACAUAAGGUACGAGGCGUAUCCCUUCGCCUUGGGUUCGGCCUCUGCAUCUCCACCUGCAACAGCAGGGGCUUCACCAGGGUUCGUCCGUCCUCCUCCUCCUCCAAAGUCUCCUGGGCCACUCGCAUGGAUCCUGCCGCUUUCUGUUCUCAUGGUGAGCCUACUUUUCAUUGGCUUAGCUUGCUUACUCUGGAGAGGAGCAAAGAGAAGUAGGAAAAGGAAAUAUAAUAAAGCAGAUGGGUUUGACUGUGCAUCCCUAAUGUUUGGAUUGGACACCAUCAGAGCUGCCACGAACAACUUCUCUGAGUUGAAUAAAAUUGGACAGGGUGGCUUUGGCCUUGUUUACAGGGGAAAACUGCCAAAUGGUCAAGCUAUAGCCGUUAAAAGACUGUCAAGCGAAUCUGGCCAAGGGACUCCGGAAUUCCAGAACGAGGUCCAGUUGGUUGCGAAACUUCAACACAAGAAUUUGGUUCGGCUUCUUGGCUGCUGCACAGAAGGAGGCGAGAGGAUAUUGGUAUAUGAAUAUGCACCCAAUGGAAGUCUUGACAAAUUCAUAUUUGACCCAAACAAACGUGAACAGCUAUGGUGGGAGGCUCGUUUUAGCAUAAUUGAAGGAAUAGCAAAAGGGCUCCUCUAUCUCCAUGAAGAUUCACGACUCCGGAUCAUUCAUAGGGAUCUCAAAGCAGACAACAUUUUAUUAGACGAAGAACUGAAGCCCAAGAUUUCAGAUUUUGGAUUGGCCAGACUCUUUCAGCAGGAAGUCACACAUGAAUCCACGAGCAAAAUUGCUGGGACAUGCGGAUACAUGGCACCAGAGUAUGCAAUCAGUGGACUAGUCUCCACUAAAGCUGAUGUUUUCAGCUUUGGCGUUUUGCUACUGGAGAUUGUGAGCGGCCAGAGGAUCACUACAUUCCACCAAACAGAAUUGGCAGCAAAUUUUUUAAGCUACGCUUGGAGACUUUGGAGAGAAGGGAAGGCAUUAGACUUGAUUGAUCCAACUAUCAUUGGGACAUGCCAAAGCCAUGAAACACUUAGAUGCAUCCAGAUAGGUUUGCUGUGCAUUCAAGAGGAUGCAAGAGAUAGACCAACGAUGGCCAUGGUUGCCCUCAUGUUUGGCAGUCCCAGCAUGACUCUUCCGGCGCCAUCAGCUCCUCCGCUUUUCUUCGAAACAAACAGACAAGAUCCGGAUGUGGCCACGGUGGGGCCGAAAGAUGCAGCAAAUUCUUCUUCGUUCCGAUUAGAAACCAGUGCAGCUCCAUCAAUAAACGAGAUGACGAUUUCUGAACUGGAGUGGAUUCAUUUGUUCAUACGGUCAGCCCAUCUGCGGCUUCUUUCCGGGGACACCAUGUUUAGAUUGGUGGCCAGUUUUAUUGUCUGCCUCCUCGCUGCUGCCUCUGCUCCCGUUAGCAGGGCCGACUAUCUCUCUAAGAUUUGCUCUACCAAGUCCAAUUACACAACCAACAGCAGCUACCAACGAAGCCUGGGAUUUCUAUUAGGCUCUCUAGAAAAGAAUGCAUCCGACGUUGGAUUUUACUCGGCCACUUCCGGCCAAGUUCCCGAUCAGGUUCACGGCCUCUUCCUUUGCAGAGGCGAUAUCACCGGCGAAUCUUGCAGGAAUUGCGUGUCUCUUGCUGCCACCCAGAUCCUCCGACUUUGUCCCAAUAGCAAAACAGCAAUAAUAUGGUUCGAUUACUGCCACUUGCGUUACUCUGAUGUGAAUUUCUUGGGAACUUUAGAUACUAUUGAAAAAGUGUAUUUGGCGCCCAAUACUUCAGAUACAAUUUCUACCAAUGUCUUGAACCAACAAGUUGGAUUUCUCCUGAGCAAUCUAUCUUCUGCUGCUACUGUUGAUCAAUCCGGGACCAUGUUCGCCUCCGGUGUGAUCCCAUUCGUAACGUUGCCGUUUGCGAAUUUGACGAAAAUAUACGGCAUGGUGCAGUGCACAGGAGACAUCUCCAUCGAAAGCUGCAACAAAUGCUUCAAGAGUGCCAUUUCUGAUCUUUCAAGGUGCUGCAAAGGGAAAGACAGUGCGCGGCUUCUGACUGGAAGCUGCAUCAUAAGAUAUGAAUUGUACCCUUUCCUCUACACGAGAGACCCAGGAAUCAUUCAAGAGGGAGACAGACGUCCUAUAUCUGCUAACUGCUCUACGACGUCCGAUUACACGGCCAACAGUACCUACCAACAGAACGUGAACCAUCUGCUUCUCAAUCUAGCUGCUAACGCUUCUUAUACCGAUUUCUACUCGGCCACCUACGGCGAAGGUCCUGAUCAAGCGUAUGCUCUCUUCCUUUGCCGUGGUGAUACUUCCGGCGAGGAAUGCCGGAAUUGCACGUUGGAUGCUGCUGCCAAGAUCCGUCUACUCUGCCCCAACAGCAUGGAAGCGAUCAUAUGGUUCUUCAAGUGCCAUGUGCGCUACUCUAACAUCAACUUUUUUGGGAAAGUAGAUACCAAUGAUAAGGCCUAUCUGUGGAAUGUUCGGGAUGUAAUCCCGCCCGCUCUCUUUUUCAACCUUCGGCUUCAGUCUCUCAUGGCAAACCUCACAUCCAAUGCCACAAUUGCGCGGUCCGGCCGCAUGUUUGCGACCGGAGUCGUGCCGUUCAAUGAUCUGUCUAAGAUAUAUGGGUUGGUACAGUGCACAAGGGACAUCACCAUCGAUGGCUGCAUCACUUGCUUGAAGAAUGCUGUUUCUGAUAUCCCAUACUGUUGCGGUGGGAAGCAAGGGGGAAGGGUGCUCUCUGGUAGUUGCAAUCUGAGAUAUGAACUCUACUCCUUUUUCAAGGAGACUCCACCACCACCAUCGCUACCAACAUCACCUGUUCAGCCACCAAUCAUUUCUCUCCCUCCUCCGGCAGCAGAUUCCAGUACGCGAAGAUUGAGAAGAAAAGUUCUUGUCAUCCUUGUAUCCGUUUUGGUUCCUUCAUCUUUGAUUGUCUUUCUUCUUUGUGGGGUUUUAUUUCUAAGGAAAACAGAGAAGAGGCACAAGGGCCCAGAUGCUGCAGAAAAUGAUUCAAUGGGGCCACUGUUUAGCUUUGAUAGCAUUAAGGCUGCCACAGACAAUUUUUCUGAAGCAAACAAACUUACUGAGGAUGACUUCGGUUCCGUCUACAAGGGAAAACUGCCGAACAGCAACGAAAUAGCUGCAAAAAGGCUGAAGAAUGUUUCUGGUCAAGGAACAGCUCAGUUCAGGAAUGAGCUGCAAUUGCUUGCAAAGCUUGCACAUAGGAACCUGGUUCGGCUGCUUGGGUAUUGCAUUGAGAGUGGUGAAAGCGUACUUGUUUAUGAGUACAUGCCUAACGGAAGUCUCAAGGAUCUCAUAUUUGGUCCUGCAAAAAGUAAACAGAUAAAUUGGGCAGCACGAACUAAGUUCAUUUUUGGCAUUGCACGAGGGUUGUUGUAUCUCCAUGAAGAAUCUCGGCUCAAGAUUAUUCAUAGAGAUCUGAAAGCCAGCAAUAUAUUAUUGGAUAAUGACAUGAACCCAAAAAUCUCGGGCUUUGGAGUAGCAAAGCUUAUUGAAUUGGAGCAGUCAUGCGGCAAUAUGAGCAGAAUGGCAGGCACAUAUGGUUAUAUAGCACCAGAAUGUCUACUGCAAGGCCAGUUCUCAACAAAAUCAGAUAUUUUCAGCUUUGGUGUUUUGCUAUUAGAAAUUCUUAGCAGCCAGAAUAGUGCCGCUUUCUAUGAAUCAAAAGGUGUUGAAGACCUUCUAGGUUAUGCAUGGAGGCUGUGGAGAGCGAACAAAGCCAUGGAGUUGAUAGAUCAGACAUUGCGCGACUCAUGCAGAGAAUUUGAAGCACUAAGAUACAUUCAUGUUGGCUUGUUAUGUGUUCAAGAAAAUGCAGCAGAUCGACCAACAAUUGAUUCAGUUAUUGUGAUGAUCAACAAUACUUCUGUCGCUCUUCCCAUGCCUUCAGCACCUCCCUUGUUGACCAAAAUCGACUAGGGGGCAACUAUAAGAGUGCCUUCAAGAGCAGAGUGAGUCUAAGGGAAUUGGCGGAGUAAAGGGCUCCUUCCCAAGUUAGAAAAUAAUCAUGGUUAACGUUUUCAAGCCCAUUAUAUAUUUAGGAACAUGAUUGUUCAAAAGUAUAGUAUCUUCCAUCUACCCUUAAACGAGUGGCUACUUAAAUAAUUAUGUUUAUGGUGUCAUUUUUCCCUUUAUUCUAGUGCCUUUUGCUCCUUGAGCAUAUUUCUC